GGGCGUCCCAAACUGGAUGGGGCCAGGGCUGCACAACGUGGCAAGUUUCCAACAAGAAAAAGAAGCGAGAGAGUGAAUUGCACUGGGUGGUGAUUCUCCACUAAGAUGAGAGAAUUGUGUGGUGUGGUGAUCUCCACUAAGAUGAGUCAGUUGUGUGGUGUGGUGAUCUCCACUAAGAUGAGAGAACUGCGUCGUGUGCUGGUCUCCUCAGGACAGACCCUGGGGCCCUGCUCUCCCCUCCUAGGGACCCUGCCCAGACCCUCCAUCUCAGCUGAGCCGGGCUCCGUGGUGCCCUGGGGGCGGCCGGUGAGCAUCGUGUGCCGGGGCCCCGCCGGGGUUACGAGCUUCCGCCUGGAGAAGGGUAAUAGGAAGGCCUAUGAGGAUGUGGGUGUCACGUCCCGAGGUGAACAGGAGACCGAGGCCAGAUUCCACAUCACCACUCUGAGUGAAGACGCCGUUGGGCCUUAUCGCUGCAUCUACCAAAUAGAGUCCUCCUGGUCGGCGCUCAGCGAGGCCCUGAGCCUGGAGGGGACCACGGAGGCCGUCUCUGCCCUUCCUGCAGGACCCCCUGGAGGCGUCAGCUCCCCCACCACUCAGUGCUGCUCCUCCGCUGCUCCCUCAGGCCUGUCGACAGAGCAGGUUUAUAUUCUCAUUGGGGUCUCUGUGGCCUUUCUCCUUUGUCUCUCCCUCCUGGUCCUUCUUCUCCUCCAUCGUCAGCUCUGGAGAAAACGAGGGCCUCCCAGAAGCAAAGACGAGGAGCAGAGACUCCAGGGGAGGCUCAGCCCAGCUGUGGAUGUCCGAGAUGGGACCGCAGCUCCAUCUCAGAGAACUGAGCCCUGGUCCUCCUCGCAUUCAGAUGUGGCCAGCAUUGACAGAUUUCCUGACAUGGAUGGAGAGGUGGGCGCCUCGACCCCUGCUGCAGGAGGCCCCCAGGAGGUGACCUAUGCCCGGCUGAACCACAAGCUCCUCACCCAGAGAGCGGCCAGAGCUGUGUCCCCGCCGUCCUCAGAGCCCAUGGCAGAGUCCAGCACGUACGCAACCAUUGCCAGACAUUGACCACAUGCCCACCUGGCCUCUGCACUAAAGAUGCAGGAAGUCACACUUGCAAAAGCCCGAAGUGGACGUUGGGUUUCCCUGUGGAAUCAUUCCUUUCUGGAAAGACAUCUAGUCCAUCCUCCUGCAGUCAAGAGCUGAAGUCCUGAGACCCCCAUAUUACCUUCUAGGAGAUUCAUUAACUGUGUGAUCCCUCCCACAACCAACUAGCUCCUUGGGGAGAAGGUGUAGCACUUGUUUCAAGAGGCCCAGCUAUGGUGUCUGUUGGCUGUUUCCAGAGACCCAGCUCUAGUUCUUGGCUGUUUCUAGAGACCCAGCUUUGGCACUUGGCUGUUUCAAGAGACCCAGCUAUGGUGCUUGGCUGUUUCCAGAGACCCAGCUAUGUUCCUACAGUUGCCCAGUGGAUUCCUGACGACUCCUGUGAAUCUUCCACUGCCCCUGGAGAACCAUUUUGUCUUCUGAGCUGACUCUGCAAACCUUCCUAGAGUGUGGGUGGUGAUCUUGAAUCUGGGCUGCAUGGAUGCAGCUCAUAGCUGACACCCAGUUUUCUGGAUCACACUCCACCUUGUUCAUCAGUCAGUGUUCUCACAGGUCCAAGAGCGUCAGCCCCGCAUGUGGCGCUGGGUACACAGGCUCUAGGUCCCAGUCUCUGCUCCACCGUCCCCCAAAACUCAGUGAGGGAAACAAGACAAAAACAAGACAGUCAGUGUUUUCUGACCCCAGAGUGUCUGAGGGGACUUGUGUCUGGGUGAAGGCGCAGAGCUGCCCCACCUGCACACAGCUCCCAUCCCCCACACGCACAGGCCAUGAAGGCACGCACACACACACAGACUUACACACGUGCACACACUGUGCACACGCAUACAUGCAUGCAGACACCCACACGCGUGGGCACGGUGGCCUGGCCGAGGGAGUUGGUGAGGCCAUGACUGCACAGGGAGGGCCCCUCGGGCUUUAGGUCCACCCCGAGGAACCGGCAGGCCCCCGUCUCCCAUCCCACCCCAGUUCAUCCCCACUGGACGCCAUGCAUUCCCCAGGCACGAGAGGGCCCAGCAGCUGUAGGACACUGUCCUUGACCUGACCGUCACCCCUCACCAGGCUAAUGCCCGUCAGAUUUGGGAUUGGAGGCCAUUCAUCCCAACAAGCGUACACCUGCUGCUGUAACAAAUUACCACUCACAUAGCAGCACCAAACAGCACAGCUUAUUUCCCUACAGUUCAGGAAGCCAGACGCCAGAUCAGUUACCCGGGGCUGAAACCCGGGGUGGGCAGGGCUGUGUUCCUUCUGGAGGCUCCACGGGAGGCUCCGUUCCUUUACCUUGUGCAGCGUCUGGGCCCAUUUGCACUCCUUGGCUCGCGGCCCCUUCCUCCACCUUCGGAUCCUGCCUCUACCUUGUGCAGCAUCUGGGGGCCAUCCUCACUCCUUAGCUCGUGGCCCCUUCCUCCAGCUUCAGAUCCUCCCUCUGACUAGGACUCCUGCUUCUGCGGUCACGUCUCACCUCCUCACUCUCUGACCCACCUGCUUCUCUUAUAAGAACUCUGGUGAUUACACUGGGUCCACCUAGAUAUCCAAGCUCAUCUCCCCUUUGCAAGAGCCUUAACAGCCACACCUGCAAAGACCCCUUUUGCACCUAAGGUAACACAGCAGCUGGUUCCUGUCUCCCUGAGUGGGCGUCCAUCCGCAGCACCACCUCCGUUCGUGGGCUCCUCUGGGCUUGAAUGCCUCACUCUGAAUCCUAUGCACCUCCUUGCAGGGCUGUUUCCUUCUGUUUCCACUAGCUGGUGAAAUAACGAAUUCUUCAGAGUCUAUUUCCUGUGUCCUAGAACCUCUGUGUCAGAGGAGGUCGGGUAGGAAGCAGUGGAGACUAGAAACACCUCCACCGUGUGACCCCCAGGUGCCCACAGGGACAGGUGGCCCCUGUGCGACAGGACUGUGGCUGCCCACAGCACCGUGUCCUCCCUUCCUGGGCUCCCAGCGAGAUGAUCUCCCAGCCUCCUUGCAGUUAUGUGUGUCCUAGGAUGACGUUCACAGUGAGCAGGAUGCACGGAGCUGCUUCCAGGCCUGGGCCCAAACCCUCCCUCACAAGAUCCCCUCUGUUGAUCAUUCUGCGGGUGGAUGCAGAUGCCCUGGGGGACCUUGGCGGCACACACUGAGCGUGGAGCUCUGUACCUCUUGUAGUAGUCCUGUGUCAGGUUUCUGUAAAGUUGAUGCUUUAACAUGUGUGAUGCAGGCAUAUUCUGGUGCGAACAUUAAUAAAGGGAAAGCUUUAAAAUGCAGUUGGGAACCCUAAAGGGGCGCUGUCUUGCCUCCCCCCUCUGCUGCAGCUUACUUUACAUUUCUGGGCAGGAAGGCACUUACCUUACUAGACAGCAGCGGAAGGAUGAUUUUUCGCCUUACCCACCAACAGCCCAGCCAAUGAGAAGCGGCCACAGCUCAGCCAAUGAGAAACAGCCACAUCCCAGCCAAUGAGAAACCAUCACUGCCUUGAAGGCUUGCUUUUCUUCAAGGGGCUUUGAUUCAAAGCAGCCUCUUUCAGCUUCCUCCUUUUUCUCUGUUAAGUAAUAUUCCUCUCAUUUGUUCUCUGAAUUUGACUGUGGUUUGCCAUAGUUCGAACGUCCUGAAUUGCAAUCCCUGUGCCAUUCCUAAAUAAACUCAUACUAAUGGUUAAAACAACAA